AUGUUACUGACGAAUACCCUUCUUUCAAUAGUAACAACGACUACGCUACUCCUAUCUCAUUCCACAAAGGCAUUAGAAAUUGACCUAGAUGAUAUUGAUUCCCUAAGAAACGCUACAAGUCUAGUCGCGUAUGGUCUUAUGGAUUAUUAUACUGGUAAUCAAUACGGUAAAACCAUAGGUAUGUUCUCUGAUCCAUAUUAUUGGUGGGAAGCAGGUGGUGCAUGGGGGUCCAUGUUAGAUUAUUGGUAUUAUAUGGAUAAUGAUACUUAUAAUGAUGAAAUUAUGGCUGCAUUGUUACAUCAAACUGGGGAUAAUAAUGAUUAUGUCCCAUUGAAUCAAUCCACUACAGAGGGGAAUGAUGAUCAAGCAUUUUGGGGGAUCGCUGUUAUGACUGCUGCUGAAAGAAAUUUUACAAAUCCUCCAGAGGAUAGUCCUCAAUGGUUGUAUUUAGCACAAGCUGUUUUCAAUACAAUGGCUUUACGUUGGGAUGGUGAUACUUGUGGUGGCGGUUUAAGAUGGCAAAUUUUUGUUUGGAAUUCAGGGUACGAUUAUAAAAAUACUGUCUCCAAUGGUGCUUUGUUCCAUAUGGCUGCAAGAUUGGCUAGAUAUACGGGGAAUCAGAGUUAUGUCGAUUGGGCUGAAAAAGUCUAUGAUUGGAUGUACGAGGUUGGUUUAGUAUCGAACGGUUCGUCAAUGUUUGUCUAUGACGGUGUCAAUAUCGCUAAUAAUUGUUCCACUAUUACUCCAUACCAAUGGACUUAUAAUCAUGGGCUAGUGAUGGCAGGUGCCGCUUAUCUAUAUAAUUUCACAGAAAAUGAAGUAUGGCAUAACAGAACUAAGAUGUUAGUGGACGCAUCAACUGUUUUCUUCAAUAAUAGUAUAAUGUAUGAAGCUGCUUGUCAAGGUCCAAACUCGUGUAAUACAGAUCAACGUUCUUUCAAAGCUUAUUUCUCUCGUUUCUUAGGUGCUACCGCUCAAUUAGUCCCAGAAACAAGAAGUAAAAUCUUACCUUUAAUUAACGCUUCUGCUAUUGCGGCUGGUAAAUCAUGUUCAGGUGGUACUGAUGGACACACCUGUGGGUUGAAUUGGUUUAUAGGCGAUUGGGAUGGUAUGUAUGGUCUCGGUGAACAAAUGUGUGCCUUAGAGGUCAUGGUUAAUACAAGGUGUCUCCAUAAACCAGCACCUUAUACAAGUACAAAUGGUGGUUCUUCUGUAGGUGAUGGUGCUGCAGGUACUGAACAUCAUCCAACAAAUUUGGCUCCAUUACAUAUCACAAAGGGUUCAAGAGCCGGUGCAGGUAUUAUCACUGCAGUCAUUGGUAUAUCCAUUCUUGCUUGCGCUUUAUGGUUGGUCUUCUAG